CAUUCGAAACGAGGCGGGAAAGGCUACCAAAACCCGCGCCAACUCCUCCAGCAUGCCGCCCGCCAACAAGGCCGGCGAGAAGAAGCGCAUCCGUCCUAAGAAGACCGAGGCCGCCGCGACCAAAAAGAAGAAACAGCGCCGGCGAAAGAACUCGUGGGACUACGAGGACGACGACGGCGACGUGGAGUUCGAGGAUGCCGGAGACGAUGACAGCGAGUCCGAGGAAAAGGCGCCAAAGCCCAAGAAGAAACGCGCUCUGCCCCGCAAGGCACCAGUAAAGAAGGACGAUAAAGUACCACCAGUACAGAAGAAGAAAAAGGUGACGAAUGUGCCGCAAGAUGAGGACCAGUACGACGAGCAGGACCGCGCUAUGUUGGAAGAGAAGCACAGGAGCAGGAAGCAGCAGUAUGAACACGACAGCGAGCAGCUGCUGCAGGAAGUGCGCGACCUGGCAUGGCAGGAGAAAAAGACGCAGGAAAAGCUCAUCGAGAAGCUGAAACGGGACAUCACGACGCUGUCCAAGCAGGCCGAGGAGGAGCGCAAAAAGCGCAAGAAAGAGGUGGACAGACUCGUAGCCGAGAAGAUGCGCGAAUACGACGCGAAACAGAGAAGCAAAGAGGAUGCGGAUGCGGAGAAGAAGGCUCUGCGCGAUCAUAUUAAGGAGCUCGAGUCCCAGUUCGCCUCGUUCAAGAGAAACACGGGGCCAGAUGAUGUGGUGACGGUCAAUGCGGCGGCGGCUUCGGCUGCUACGGCCGUACAGAACAGUGAAGCCAUCUUACAGCUCAACCAGGCGAACAAGGUAACGGUUGGAUGAGCUGACUGCUAGGGGUUGUGGUGAACUGACGCGUUGGCUCCUUUGUUGUUGAUAAAGCUACUGGAACUGUAUCGCCUGGUGACCAGCACAGAUAUCCGUCUUAUCCAGUCGGGUGAUGACGACGACGAAGUGGACGACUGCACAGAAGUUGUGUGUACUACAACAGACUCGGCAACAGGCAACCAGUUCGAGUUCGAGCUGGCUGUUCCUGCCAUCGCAUCAAGCGAAAUCGAGUAUCUCCCGAGCGAGACGCCACCAACAGGCAUUAAAGUGCCGUCAUAUUUACGAGAGGAGCUGAGCUUCAGUAGGUCCGAGAUGACCAAAUUCAUUCGAUCAGUUCUCGACGUAGUCAUUAGAAAGAAGAAAGUCUAGGUACUCCCAUCUCGAAGCCAAGCUGCUGACUGGGUGAGUGUGCGAUCGUCUUGUCCAAGUCGCCAGCUUUAAUCGCCUGAUUUUGCUUGAUUGAAGGCCUGCAUCGUUUUAAGUAUUGCGAUGGAUAAGUGUGUGGGCGACUGGUGUUUUUCAAGGCGUCUAUUAGUAUGCCGUUCGCUUCUACUCUUCCAUGGAUGCAUCCUCCGACAUCGGUUCGUCCUUCACGGUACCGGACGGUGGCUCUAACUUCACGCUAUCAAACGUCGGUUCAUCCUUCGACUCUUCCUUCACAGUAUCGGCCAUGGGUUCAUCCUUCACGAUAUUGGUAUCGGACACCGGCUCACCCUUGCGUUCUUGCUUGACAUCAGGCGUGUCUUUAGCUAAGGUUGACUCAGCAGGCUUCUGUGGCGAUGCAUCCGAUGCCGAAUUAGCCUUCGAAAUGGCUCGGAACUGCUGGUACUCUUCCUUCGACAGCAGUGACUCCUGGAUCUCCGCCACCUCCACCUUCUUCGGUUGAAUGAUGACAAGGUAUCCGUCCGAUUGGUGCUACAAGAACAACAGUGUCCAGCAAAAAAGGAAGACCCAUUAGUCAAGGUCACGUAGUCAGUAGACAACUCACUCACCUUUUGCUUCAAUAGCUCCGGUUCUUUUUGCAGACGUUCAUUGACCUCGAUCAGCGC